AUGCCUGGUCUACCGACGAAUAUCGAUCUCGAUGAGUGCAUCGCCCGGCUCUACCGAAAAGAGCUGCUCGCAGAUUCGGUGAUCGAGGCCAUCUGCCUCAAGGCAAAGGAACUCUUGAUGAAGGAAAGCAAUGUGGUACAUAUUGCUGCUCCGGUCACUGUGGUCGGCGAUAUCCACGGUCAAUUUUUUGAUAUGAUCGAGAUCUUCAAGAUCGGCGGCUUCUGUCCUGAUACAAACUACCUAUUCCUCGGCGAUUAUGUCGACCGGGGCCUUUUUAGUGUGGAGACCAUCUCACUCCUAGUGUGCCUCAAGCUACGAUACCCCCAACGAGUGCACCUCAUCCGCGGUAACCACGAGUCGCGCGGAGUCACACAAUCAUACGGAUUCUAUACUGAGUGUGCCCGCAAAUACGGCAACGCCAAUGUCUGGCACUACUUCACCGACAUGUUCGACUUUUUGACACUGAGCGUUGUGAUUAAUGAUGAGAUAUUUUGUGUACAUGGCGGCUUGUCACCUUCUAUCCAUUCUAUCGACCAAAUCAAGAUUAUCGACCGUUUCCGCGAGAUCCCACAUGAAGGUCCCAUGGCCGAUCUAGUCUGGUCUGACCCGGAUACAGAACGUGACGAAUUCUCGCUUUCACCCCGUGGCGCUGGAUACACUUUUGGAGCACAGGUUGUGCGGAAGUUCCUAGAGGUGAACAGCAUGUCCCACAUCCUGCGCGCACAUCAAUUAUGUCAAGAAGGCUACCAGGUUCUUUACGAUGACCGACUGAGCACGGUCUGGAGUGCACCUAACUACUGCUACCGCUGUGGAAAUUUGGCUAGUGUGCUCGAAGUGAGCGACUCUGGCGAGCGAUUUUUCAAUAUUUUUGACGCGGCGCCAGAAAAUGAUGCCCAUCGCCUUGAACAGCUGGGUCAGCAGCAGCAGCAGAUCAAGGAUGGCUCCAGUCCAGUGGUCGACUACUUCUUGUGA